AAGAAAUAUGCAUGAAUUCACGUGAAUUUAAGAAAUUAGUUAUUGAUAUGAUAGAAAGAAUCUCAUAAUAUAUCACAAAAUGUACAGAACUGAUUGAAAACUGAAUAGUGUUUCUACCAAGUGUGAAAUGAAAUCUAGUGCUAAGGAUGGAACCUCUAGGUUCGGGUUCUAUAGAAGUAAACCUUCAGAGCCAGUUUCAACCUCAGGUCCAUCAAAAACGAACAGCUCACGCAAUCCUCCAAAGCCGUUGGCUCUGUCUAAACCGGUUCCUGCAGCGUCAAAACAGGUUUCUGCAGGGUCAAAACCGGUUUCUGUUCUGUCCUCGUCAGUUCCAAGUAGUCAGCAACCUCCUCCUUCAUCCUCUUACUCUUCCAGGUUCGGGUUCUCUCGCUCCAGAUCUACGUUGAACAAUAAUACCGGGGGUACAAGUAAACAGAAGAAUGACGCUGAAAAUGGAGGAAUAGAGAAGGAUGGUAGAAAAGAGAAGGAAGAGGGGAAAGAGAAGGAUAACAAAAUUUUAACUAUCCAAUCCUUGCAGCAAUCUCCAAAACCAAUUCAAAAAUUUUCUCCAAAAUUUGGAAAAAGAUUUUCUCCCAAAUUCUCCCGACAAGAAAAAAAGUCAGGUUCUCCUGUCCGCGAGUAUAAGAGGGGAGGAUUAGUACCUAGACCCUAUAAACCGCUAACUGAUCAUUAUAUAUCAAAACCUACUCUUAGCUUAACAGCUUACGCAGGAUUUAAAUAUAAAUUCAAUCUAAAGAAAGAAUCAAGUUCUUCUUCUUCAAUUAACUCAGUCAUUGAAAACAGUUCACAAGAUGGCGGGAGAGAGCCUAAAAAUCCGGGAAUGGAUGUGAGAAAUCAGGAACCGGUUUCUAACAGAUUCGGAGGAACCUACAGUAAAGGUCCGGCCAGCAGGACAACCCCUCUUAGCUUUGGUUCAACCUCAUCAAGAUUUACGAGCACUGUGUCCGACAGCCAUAAAAUAGAGGUUGGAAUAAAAUCUGACGCUAGCAUGAGAUCGGAAACUAUCAGCACAGGAAACAAAGGUUUACCCAACAGAGAAGACUUCAGUAGCAAACCAACAGAAGUUCCGUUAGGGACAAAGAGAGCUUUUGCAAGCCGACUUGGUUCAAGUUCUUUAAACUUCAAUCGGUCAGCAGUGUCAGAUAAGCCUGAUAUCUCCGGUUUAAGAGCAAGCUUCUUCAGUAGAGACACUUCAAGAACAGGAUCCUGGAGCAGGAGUAGUGCUCAGAGCAGGGAGGAGAUGGAGAAAAGAGCAGGAGAGGGAAGCAGGGCUGAUGGGAUAAGUACAACAGAAGGAAUGAGUACAGGAGAUGGGAUGAGUAGAGUUGGCGGGAUGAAUGCAGGUGGAAUGAUAAGUACUGAUAAACAGAAACCUCUCAACCCUGAGCCAGAAACUAGGAACUUCAGAAUGCGACAACAGUUUACCCAAUCAAGAGAAAGCUCCCAGGGGUCUGCAAUCUAUGAAUCAACAUCAGUUCAAGAUAAAACCAUAAACCAUCAGGAAAAUCAGAACAAUGCAACAUAUGAAAUUGGAAAAGACACCCUUGCCAUGAUUUCUGGACUUUCCCAGCUGGGCCAGGGCACUGCAGGGAUGCGAAGUUGGACUCGGCAACAAGCUGCGCCACGUUUUGGAACUUCCAGUGUUGAAGGAGGAACCACGGACUCUGAUUUCACUAUUUCGGCAGUUGUCUCGGAUAUAAGGACCAGAACAGGAUCCGAUCAGGGUUCUGGUAAUCUCAGAAAAUGGACAAAAAGUCUGGCCCCAGCUCAACAGAUACCAACACCUUCAAAUCUUUCCGAGGAGAGAGAUGCAAGUAUCUCUAGGCUGGGUGAGAACAGACCAAGUGCUCUAGAUUGUUUAAACAAACUUAAACUAUCAACUAAAUCUGUUCUAGACCAUCACAGGACUGGAAUAAGAACAAAUCCUAAGGUUUCCAAACGUAGUUCUGUUCUCCCUGAUAUUCCACAGGAGAACAGUUUUUGUGAAGAUCCUACCAAUCCUUCAGCUAAUCAGGCUCACAAGGAACUAGAAGAGAUAACAGAGGAAAAGAUGGACAGGGAAAAGAUUUCAGAAUAUGAUCUGGAUCUGGACUGUGAACUCGUCAUCAUAGAUACAGACGAGGAGGUGUUCAAAGUUCCACAGAAGAUUGAGAAACCUAGAGUAGUUCGUACUAAGAUGAUACCUGAGAGAAAAGAGCCCGUUCUGACAGAAAGGACGGAGAAGUCACCAAACGAAACCGAGUCCGACAGCGGGUUCUUUACGUCUAGUCAUAGCAAGUAUAGUCUUGAAAGUUUACAAGAGGAGAGGAUUUCUGACAAAGAGGAACAGAAGGAGGGAACAGAAAAUAUACAAAUGCCGGAGGUAGAACUCAGAAAUGGAUCUAAACGAGGAGGAUCUCAGCCUCCAAAACCUCCUAAAUACUACCAGGCCUCAGUAAAGCUGUCUACAAGCCUACCAACCUCCUUCACGAGCUCCAGAGGGGAGAAGAGCAGGUCAGGGUUUCUAUCACUCUCCGACCACCAGACAAACAGGGACAUGACAACCUCGACAAACACAUUCAGUGAUGUUGAUGAAAUGUGUAGUAGUAGAGAAACCUCUCCAUUAGAGCUUCUAGAUGAACUUUUCAAGAAAACAGACAAAGAUGAACGAAAAGCAAUAUCCCCUGGGUUAGUCAAGGAAAACCGCCAAAUAUUUGAACGAAAAUCGCAGGAUAACAUCAACAAAUUAAUCGGGAAAUCCGCCAAAAUCACUGAAAAGUACAAAGAGCAGUCCUCUAUGGAAAAAUUGCGAACAAUAAUGCAAUCUGAACAAGUGCCAACCAAACCAGUAACAAGUCUUUUGAGUCCAGAUGAGACAGAUUCAAGUUUAACGGGUGUUUCAAAAUCUUCCACAAAACAAUCAUUUCAGGAUAUGACUGCUUCCAUCACUAAUUCCAUCAGCAUGUGCUCCUCCUAUACCGAGGGCAGUGCAGGCGAGGUUCAGGAGAAAACAACUACGAGUAAGACGACCUCGUCUCCAAGCACCUAUUCAGAUAACGAGAAGGACUUUCUCAUUGACGAUGAUUAUAAGGACCAGCCACAGUUGACGUUUUACGAUCAGGAGGACAGCAUAGAGGAAAGUAUAUUUUCCACCUUGGAUUCUCUUCUGGCUGGGAACAGAGUGGAGAAUCAAGAUGUGAAACCUGUUGAGACGGAGAAGGUAUCUGAACUAAGAACUAGAUCUCCAAGGAAGACUAGUUUUGAUGUAAACCAAGGGAGCAGGAAGAAUAGUUUACCUGGGAGUCCCAUCAGACCGGUUUCAGCUGCCGGGCCGAACCUUCGCAGGUUCAGUCUAACCAACCAUGUGAAGGAACAACUAGAGCGGGCAUACGAGGAUACAGACGGGGCCCGGCUUAGGUCUAGAGCUGAUACAUUAUCUAGUCUAGCUUCUGAUGAUUGUAUUCUGGAUUUUGAAUGCAGAUUGUCUGAUGAUGAGGAUGGGGAACAGAAAAUGGUGAAUAAAGAAAGGAGCUUGAGUCCACGUAUUCGUGAGGUGUCUCGGAAUUUCGAGGAUAUGGGUCGGGUCGAGGAGAAGGAGAGGUCGAGGAGGGUCGAGGAUGGAAGAGGAGGAGGAGGAGGAGGAUCAGAUAAAUAUUCUGAAUAUAGACCUAGUUUAUCCAGAUCUAGUUCUACAGUCUCAGACGAAGGAAUUAUUAUAGAUCGGAGCACACAUAACAGCAUAACACAGGAUACACUAGAGAUUAAACUCCUUCUACUCAAACUUAGAAGAAUUCUACAGGAGACGGAUGAUGAUGGAGGUCUACCCAGUAAUCUACUAGAAACUCUAGCUUUACAGGAUGUAGAGGAUAACAGUUUGCGGGAAGAGAAUCUAGUUCUGAGAAAACAAGUCCUACAACUCAAACAACAGGUUGAAGAGAAGGAUAGGAAAUUAAAAAGUUUAAAUCGUCUCCUUCCAUCCAACUCAGCAAAUACUAACAAUAAUCAGACUAGAAAUGCAGCAAUUCAGACUGACCGGCAGCGACCUGUCUCCUGCGGUUCAGUUGCACAGGACGGUUUAAUCAGUUACAGUAGUGAAUCCUCCCUAUUACCCAGCAAGCCUCCCACCCACCCUCCAACUACCACGCCUACUCCCCACCCCUCGGGCACGGCAGCCUCCACACGACGAGUGUCUAGAGACCGAGGUCGGGUACUACCGACCCCUUUGGAGGUCUCAAGAAUCCCUAGGGAGGUCUCUAGAAGCCCCAGUGGAGGUCGGCAUACAGCUCGGAGGGCGGAGUCACCUAGACACGCCUACUGCAGAAACCCAAUAUAUUCCAGUUACAGUCAGCUGUACAGUGGCAGUACACGACACAACUGGUUUAGUAGUGUACUAAACAACAACAACCAUAAUAUAUUAAACAGUACUGAUAGCGAGGGGAGCUCGUCAAACAGCUCUAACAGUUUCAGAUACAACAUGGCCAGAGCUAUAUCCGUCGGUAGACUACCCUCACACAAAGAGAAGUAUUUCUCAACACGGGAUGGAAAACUCUGCAUAUCCUUACACAACAAGUAGAUAAAUCUUCACUGGAAUAUAAUCAGUACAUGCAGUACAAUAGGGUCUUAAACAAUAUAGUUCACAGUACAGUGUCUUUCAAGAACAUGUACUGUGGGGAAGAAAGGUUUAAAUUUUGGAGAAGGAAGGGUAGAGCAAAAGAGAAGGAAGGAUAGAAAUAGGGAGAAGGAAGGGAAAAACUAGGGAGAAGGAAGGGAAGAACUAGGGAGAAGGAAGGGUAUAACUAGGGAGAAGGAAGGGUAGAGCUAGGGAGAAGGAAGGGUAGAACUAGGGAAAAGGAAGGGUAGAGCUAGGGAGAAGGAAGGGUAGAACUAGGGAGAAGGAAGGGAAGAACUAGGGAGAAGGAAGGGUAGAACUAGGGAGAAGGAAGGGAAGAACUAGGGAGAAGGAAGGGUAGAACUAGGGAGAAGGAAGGGCAGAGCUAAAGUGAAGGAAGGAUAGAACUAGGGAGAAGGAAGGGAAGAACUAGGGAGAAGGAAGGGAAGAACUAGGAAGAAGGAAAGGUAGAACUAGGGAUAAGGAAGGGUAGAACUAGGGAGAAGGAAGGGUAGUGCUAAAGUGAAGGAAGGGAAGAACUAGGGAGAAGGAAUGGUUGAACUAGGGAGAAGGAAGGAUAGAGCUAGGGAGAAGGAAGGGUAGAACUAGGGAGAAGGAAGGGUAGAAAUAGGGAGAAGGAAGGGUAGAACUAGAGAGAAGGAAGGAUAGAACUAGAGAGAAGGAAGGAUAGAACUAGGGAGCAGAAUGGAUAGAACUAGAGAGAAGGAAGGAUAGAACUAAGGAGAAGGAAGGGUAAAAGUAGGGUAAAGG